AUGAAGCCUCGAAACGCAAUUCCACUUCCGCAGUCGCAGUCGCAGUCGCAGUCCCCGGCGACAUCGACAUCCAAUGCGGCCGACUCACUAAAGAUCAUCACCGGCCUCCACGCGAAAGGACCUCCCUUACUCUCGCCACGUAAAAGAAUAUCUGCCGUUGUACGCAAAGAUAGCGAGGAUGCUGUCUCGCCGCGUCUGAGUCGCCUGUCACUAUGCUCCGAUAACGACGAUUCCUUCCAUUCCAGAUCCACCUCCCUUGCAUUCAACUACGACUCCUUGACAGGGGCUCCCUGGCGGACCGUCGCCGCGACGAUGGCCACGAUGGGAAGGAGUGCCAGGGAUUCGGCUGAAGAGAGUGAAACACUGAUAAAAGAGGAAGAAGGAUCGUCCUCUGCAUUCACGCCGUCACGACCAUCCGAAGAAAGCGUAACAACUGCAUCGACAACGUCCCUAGUCCUUGAGAACCUUAACUCGGUAUUUGCGAGCAAGAAGGCCGUCGAACCUCUACAAUACCGCGACAAUGACAGUGAUCCAGAGCUGCCAAGGUUCAAUGAUAAAAGUUAUACCCUUGCUGGGAAUCGCAUGUCGAAAGGCCUGAGACGGACCUUAUGGGUAGUUUCUGUGGUGGCUGUUGUCGGCUGGGCCGUUGCGCUGUUUGCCUUCCUGGCAGGUGGCCGGUACAAACAUGCUUCAACCCUUGAGUACGACCACGAGACGCCCGUCAAGAGCUCCGGGAAGAAAGUCUCGCUCGAUGGAGUUCUGUCUGGGCACUGGCAGCCUAGAUACGCCAAUAUCGAGUGGACUGCUGGUCCGGAGGGCGAAGACGGCCUCUUAUUGGAGAUCAACCGACCCGGCGAGGAUUAUGUGAUGGUCGAAGAUAUCAGGAGUCGAAACUCGUCGACGUCGGCAAAUGCUUUCAAGAGCAGGAGUUUGGUUAAAAGUGGGUGGUUUAAUGUCAAUGGACAACAAAUGUGGACAGAUGAUUUCUGGGUCAGUCCAGAUAUGAAACAUGUCCUCGUCAUGGCAAAGCGCGAAAAGGUCUAUCGACACUCAUUCCUCGGACUCUAUUUCAUUCUAGACGUGGAAACCCAGAGUGUGCAGCCUCUGGAUCCAGCAUACCCGGACACCAAGCUUCAGUUGGCCAAAUGGUCUCCCAACAGUGACUCCAUCGUAUUCACAAGAAACAACAACCUCUUCCUCCGAUCAUUAUCUUCUCCAAUGGUUACUCAGAUCACGGACGACGGAGGCCCAGAGUACUUCUAUGGCAUCCCUGACUGGGCUUAUGAAGAGGAAGUCUUUGGCACUAAUACCGCAACCUGGUGGGCGAGAGAUGGCCAGUACAUUGCAUUCUUGCGCACGAACGAAACUAUGGUUCCCGAAUAUCCUGUUCAAUACUUCCUUUCGAGGCCUAGCGGCAAGAAACCCAUUGACGGGCUCGAGAACUAUCCCGAAGUUAAAGAGAUCAAAUACCCCAAAGCUGGUGCACCAAAUCCUGUGGUUGACAUGCUCUUCUAUGAUAUUGCUAAGCAGGAAGUCUUCACUGUCGACAUUGACGGUGGUUUUCCUGACGAGGACCGCAUCAUCUUCAAUAUUGUCUGGGCAGACAACGGAAAAGCUCUAGUCUCCGAGUCGAACCGCGUGAGCGACCGCAUCAGGGUUGUACUUGUGGACGUUGCAAGUCGAACAGGUCAAACCGUCAGGACAGUGGACCUGAAGGAUGUUGAUGGAGGAUGGAUCGAGCCUACUCAAGCCACCGAAUACCUACCAGCCGACCCAGCAAACGGCCGGCCGGAAGAUGGCUACGUUGACAUUGUUAUCUCCGACAACGGAAACCACCUAGCCUACUUCUCUCCUCUGAACAGCUCAAUACCCAUCAUGCUCACGAAAGGACGGUGGGAAGUCGACGGUGGCCCCGCCGCAGUCGACCUCAAAAACAACCUAGUCUACUUCGUGGCCGCCAAAGAAGCACCGACUCAACGCCAUGUCUACAGCGUCAAGCUCGAUGGAACAGACAUGACAUCUCUCGUCCCGUCCAACGAAGCAGCAUACUGGACAAGCUCAUUCUCCUCGGGGGCAGGUUACGUGGUCCUAACAUACCAAGGCCCCAGCAUCCCGUAUCAGAAGGUUGUUUCUACGCCCGCCAACGCCGAAGCAAUCGACCAGACUCUUGAAGACAACAAAGACCUGGCUCAAUUGGCCUCGUCGCAUGAACUUCCUCACCAAAUUUUUCAGAACAUCACCAUCGAUGGGUACACACUGCAACUUGUUGAACGCCGCCCUCCCCACUUCGAUCCGUCGAAGAAGUAUCCUGUUCUUUUCUACCUCUACGGCGGCCCGGGCUCGCAGAUGGUCAACCGGCGCUUUCACGUCGACUUCCAGUCCUACGUGGCCAGCUCAUUAGGGUAUGUCGUGGUAACCCUCGACGGGCGCGGGACAGGAUUCAAUGGCCGCAAGGCCCGCACGAUCGUCCGCAACGAGCUCGGCAAGUACGAAGCAUACGACCAGAUCGCUGCCGCCAAGAUGUGGGCUGCGAAGUCGUACGUUGAUUCGUCGCGCAUGGCGAUCUGGGGCUGGAGCUACGGCGGCUUCAUGACGCUUAAAGUCCUCGAGGCCGACGCGGGCGAGACGUUCAAGUACGGCAUGGCCGUCGCACCGGUCACGGAUUGGCGGUUUUAUGAUUCAAUCUACACCGAGCGGUAUAUGCGCAUGCCCCAGGCCAAUCCCGCCGGGUAUGACAGAACGGCGAUCAGUAAUGUCACGGCGAUCAGUCAGAACGUCAGGUUUCUGAUUAUGCACGGUGUCGCGGACGACAAUGUACACAUGCAGAAUACGCUGACGCUCCUGGACAAAUUUGACCUUGCCGGGAUAGAGAACUAUGAUGUCCACUUUUUCCCGGACAGUGAUCAUAGCAUCUUCUUCCACAAUGCGAAUCGUAUCGUGUUUGAGAAGCUGAGUAAAUGGUUGAUUAGCGCUUUCAACGGGCUGUGGUAUAAGACGGAGGAUCCGAGGCCGGUUGAAGAUCAGUCGUGAGAUGGAUAUCUAUGUUUGUGAGUGUAUGUCUAUAUCUAUAUGACGGAGCCAUAUGGCAUGGAAUUGAAAAGAGCGGUCGUCAACUGGCCUUCUGUAUGGCAAGGUGUCUGAGGAUGUGUACAGUACAGAUUUGAUUUGAAACGCCUGGCAUUGGCAUGGAGUUUGAAUCGCGCGGUCGCUCAAGGCAGAUCCGGAUUUCGACAUGGGUAGCACGGAGCAUGGGGAGUUGGACUACCCCGGAAUAUGUUGAUAUUAGCUGUAAUCUUUGCGCAUGGCAUCC